AUGCAGAUCAAGGCCGUUGUUCUCUUUCUCACAGCCACGCUGCUUGGCUCUGCGAGUGCCUUCUGCAGCAAAGAUGACUGUUGUUUCAAGGACAACGUGGCUCGCGAUAAGCACAACGGCGAUGCUUUUUACUGCCUGAACGUCAUGCACGGAGGACCUUGCCAUGCAGACUGCUGUACUCUUGAUGGAUAUGGACGCUCCUGCUAA